CAUCCAGGCGCGAUGGUUAUGCCACAAAAACAAUAGUUAAUGUAUGCGAAUCGUAACGGAAGAGCCGUCGAUUCGACACAGAACAUUGCUGUUUUAUCAAUUAAUACGACGUAUUCGUACCAUUGUAAAGAAACCGAUUAAAGUUAAGGUGUAUAAAGGUAGUGCAAGUUUGAGGAAGGCCACUUGGUUAUUCAGAAAUGAAGUUAAUAUUGGUGUUCUCGCUUCUCACGGUGUUGGUAUCAGCAUUCGAAGACAUCCCUCCCCCCUCCACCCCCUCCUGCCCCUGCGCCAGGAUCUACAUGCCCCUCUGCGCCUCCAACGGAGUGACGUACAACAAUAAGUGCGAGUUUGAGUGCGCGCAGCGGAAUUUGGCAAAUACGGGGGUGCAAAUUGGAGUGAUAAGGCAUGGACGAUGCGAAGAGCCGAGUGGUUAUUAUGAUGCUUAGUC